AUGCUUCCGGCGCUCUACCAUCUGAUCAGGAAGCCAAAGUUCGAGUCCUACAUGUUGCUCAUACUCUCGCCGGAGCAGCACCUGACAUACGUCCACACAUACUCUGGCCUCCGGGGACAUAUUGACACUGAAGUGGGACAGGCAACUACUCCAACACUUCCCUGCUCAGUUAAUUUUGAAUCUCGUACUCAACUAGGCAAGCUCUCAGUGCCUCUGCCAGAAGACCAAGGCCUGGAGGAUAUUGUUGAACAACUUAAAGAAUGCUGUCAGAAGGCGCGAGAAACUAGCAUGAAUCACUCAGAAGAUAGUGCUCGCUUAUCUGACAAGGCUAAAUUACUACGAGUGCUUGGUCUAUGUGAGCAAACACUCAGACAAGGAUUCAGUCUACUCAAGGAGAGAGAAACAACCCCUGAUGUCACAGCGAAGUUUUAUACAGUCGACCUUGUGCGAAUAUCAAAACCACAACAAGGACCGAUUUUGGACCUUCAUAUGAAAAGUAUUUCAGUGAGAAUAAAAAAUAUUGCGGAUAGUUAA